GCCCCAACCCGGACCCCAACCCCCUCUUUGUCCUGGCUCAAUGUCGCGAGGAGCCCCUGUCGCCCCGGGUCGCGCCAGUCCCCGGGCACCGCGAGUCGCCCCGGCCGCCAUGGCCGGGUCGAUCGAUCGACUGCCGGCGGCCCUGCUGCCGGCUUUGGGAGAACGUGGGCUUUCGCUUGGGCCGCCCCACCUGGCGGCCGGGCGCCUGCGCGUGGUCCUGGCCGCCUCGACGCUCGUGGCCGCGCCGGCCCUCGCCGCAGUCGGGGUGUCACUGGUGCAGAGCGGCCCCGGCACUGGUGCUUCGCGAUAUCCGGUCCGGCGCCCGGUCGGCUAUGACUCGCUGAUCGGGGCCGGGCCGCCGCGUGGCCGGUUCCCCGCCCCGGCCACCCAUGGCCGGCGCCCGGGGGCCUUUUACUCCACCUCGGCCACGGACACCCCGCAUCCGCCGCCCCUGCCUCCGAGCGACCAUACGGCCGCCGCUGCCGCCGCCACCGCCACCACCACCACCACCGCUGCCUCAUCCGACCCCCCGACGGCCACCCCCUCGACCGAGCCGGAGGAGGAUCGCACUCGGGCCGCAAGCCGGCCGAGCCGGUCCCCUCGGCGCUCGGUCCGGGUUCUGCCCUUCCGGCAGGAUGACCCGAACCCGGAACUGCUUCCCUUCGAGGCGCCGGACAUCCAUCCGCAAUUUGCCGCCCUCCAGGCCGAGUUCAUGGGGCAUCCACGCACGGCGCCCACGGCCGCGGUCCUGGCCGAGGCGGCCAAUGCCCCGGCUCCCGCUCCCGGCCCGGCCGGCGUGCGCAUGGUUUCCCCCACCACCAUGCCCCGGCAGGCCCGGCGCGAUGAGCACCUCCUGACCGGGGUCCUCGGGCGCAUCGCCGCCACCAAUCCCCUUUUACAAUCGCUGAAGCCGUCCAGACCGGGCCCCGGCCCCGGUCCCGGCCCGGCCUCGGUGCCGGUUUUCAUGCCCGCCCCGCCGGCCAAUCCCACCGGCCCGGAUCCCCUGGGAGCCGAGGCCCUCGCCAAGCUGACCGCCAAUCCCACCUCCAGCACCCUGUCGCAGCUGGUGUCGCUCCUGCAGCCGGCCGCCGCUGGUUCUUCCACCCCCGGGCCCCACGACGCCCGGCAGACGCUCCUCUACCUGGACGCCUUGAUGGGGCUGCUGGCCACCAAUGUCACCGGGGCCGAGUACCUUCGCCGGUCGCGGGCGCAAUUGUGUGUCUUUUGCGGCGCCCCGCCGCACGGGGCAACCAUCUGCCCGGUGGUUGACUGGUGGUGCCUGCGUGGCUACCGCGCGCAAACCGGCCACGAUGUCAGUGCCCCGGUGGACCGGUUUCCCCGCUGCCCCGACUGCCAUGGCCAUCCCCAUGGGCUAGCCUGCCCAUUGAAGCUUGCCCGCGGGCUGGAUCUGGCCGGCGGGUCGUAUGUUCCUUCCACUGGCCCGGCUCUGGGCUGGCCGGACCUUGGCUCGGUCAAGGCCGACCUGCAGGAUGCCCGCCAACGCGAGGCCAUCGGCACGGCCGCCGCCCUGACCCCCAGUGGGCAUCUCCCCUCGGUGGAGGUGUCGCUCGCCGUGGCGGCCAAGGCCCUGACGAACUUGAUGGUGGCGGCCAUUGGCCAGAGAUCGGAAGAGCGUCGUGGCGGGUCGUAUGUUCCUUCCACUGGCCCGGCUCUGGGCUGGCCGGACCUUGGCUCGGUCAAGGCCGACCUGCAGGAUGCCCGCCAACGCGAGGCCAUCGGCACGGCCGCCGCCCUGACCCCCAGUGGGCAUCUCCCCUCGGUGGAGGUGUCGCUCGCCGUGGCGGCCAAGGCCCUGACGAACUUGAUGGUGGCGGCCAUUGGCCAGACGACCCCGCCGGCUCGGCCCCUGCCGCCAGGGCACGCGGCCGCCUGGUCUCCGAUCCUGUCGGAGAUCGCCUCCAAUGCCGAUGGCAAUCCGCCCCACGCCGCCCACCAUGACCAUGCCCAGUGCAAUCACCCGGAGGCUGGGGACGAUGGCCAGCACCGGCAUGCGCACCAGCAUCCCCCCUCGGGGGAUUCUCCCCUGCCGGCGGUCGCCGAACCGGAUGUCCUCCAAUCGGUGGAGGCCCUGGUUAAUCUCUUCCGCCAGACCGUGGACGAGCAACUUCCCAAGCUCCCCCGCCAGAGCACCUCCAUCCUGGCUGCGGUGAAUCUCUUCAGCUCGGUGGCCUCCCUGCUGCAAGAGCGCUCGACCGUCCUGCCGGACCAGUCUUCGGCCACCUUGCGUCAUGAGGUGACCCUGCGCGAAAUCAUGGUCCCCUGCGGUGUGUGCGGCCUGCACGAGGCCGAUGAGCUGUGCAUGGUUCUCCUGCGCCUGGGCUACCACUAUGCCGGUGGCCGUUACCACCUGAGUGAAGCCACCAAGACCAUGCGCCUGCGGUCGGGGCUUUGCGCCGCCUGUGGCCAGCACCCGGCCACCGAGCCCUGUCCGCAGCCCUGGGUCCAGCGCAUGUCGCUCGGUCGCCGGGGCGAGCUGCUUCCCCUCGGCAAGGCGCUGGCCCAUCCGGUGUCCGAUGAUUGGACCGAGGAGCAGGCGGACCUAUGCCGGUAUUGCGGCGAGCAUCCCCUCACCCAGGCGUGUCCCCUGCUGCUGGCCACCGGCAAGCUGACUUUCAAUUCCCUGGGCCGGUACCAGGUCACCCAGGAGGAAUAUGAACGCCGGCGCGAGCACCGGCUGUGUCGGUUCUGUGGCCUGCACCCGGCGUCGGAGCCCUGCUCCGGCAUCAUCCGCAAGGGUGGCUUCGAUUUCCUCCUCGGCCAUCACCGGGUAUCGCUGGCCCUGGCCAAUGAGCGUCGGCGCCUGCGCCUGUGCCCGUAUUGUGGGCUCCAUGAAAUCUCCUCCGACCCUUGUCCCUACCUGGCCCACCGGGGCAUCUUGUGGGACCCGGUCGAGCGCAAGCACGUUCCCUCGCACGACGAGCGCAGUCGCCGCGAAAGCCUCGGCCUCUGUCUGUACUGCGGCAUGCAUCCGGCCACCCAGGUGUGCGUGGCUCUGGCGCGCAAGCAGCGCAUCGACGAGAUGGAUUCCACCAUUCUCUCGCCGAAUCUCUCGCGCAUCGUCCGCCAAAGCCUCGAGGCCCAGACCGCCGCCUCCAAGCGCAUGGCUCAGGAUGCCUAUCUGCGCGCGGCGGCCGACAUGGCGGCCCAGGCUCUCAGCCGCAGCGAGGGCAUCCGCAUGCGUAGCUCCCUCUCCUCGGGCAGCUCCUUCUCCCGGGCUGACAGCCCGACCGAGGCCCCGGCGAACGCCAAUGCCCCCAAGAGCCCGUUCCUCAUUCCGAACUUCAGUCAGGACCCGAGCGCGAGGCCGACUUCCGGCGCCUCGAGCGUGUCCCCCCCAUCGCAGCCGAAGACCUCCCGUCACUGGCUCCAACAGAAUACUCGCUUCACUGCGCAUGCUGCUCAAGUGGACCAGCCUGACGCCUCCGCCCCGCAGGAAGGCAGUGCAUCUGACGUGGCGGCCUCCAUGCACUCGACGUUGCCCAACUUCUCCGACUCGGCUCGGGAGCCCGAGGGCGAGGAGCAGCAGCAGCAGCAGCAGCAGCAGCAUCCCGAUGCCUCGCCUCCUCAGGCUGCUUCCUUCCCGCAAGAAACGCCGGCCGAGACGGGCGCGGCUUCUGGCGACGGGCCGGCCAAGACCCCGCCGGGUCCGCCUUCCUCUUAA